CAUGUUUCUAAGACUGCCAAAGAUAAUAAAAUUUCAGCUAGGCCUGAGAUCUUCAUUUAGUUCAAGGUAACUACAGCAGGCGCACGCUAUAUGAGUUAAUGCCAUCGGAAGAACCACUGGAAUAUAGUCUACAUAUUUUUAGUCGAAAUUGUAUCAUCGAAAAUAAUUUCCGCAAGCCUUUGAAUAUUUUUAUUUUCUGGAUUUUGUUUUCAACACUGUAAAAAAAAAUAGUUGAAGUUUGUUGAGAAAUACGAAAUGACUUUUUCGACUAAACAAUAUGUAGAUGUACACUUCAUCGACCGAUUAUUGUACUCUGUACCAUUAUAAGUAUGUUGAGGGCACAAUAUACUCAAUGGCGUGGUGCAAUCCUCGUCUAUUUAUCUCAAUACUGAAGAACAAUCUCGGACGACUCACAAUUAGCUGACCCAUUUCGAUACUAUUUUGUGAACUUCAGAUCACGGAAGUAUACUAAUAUUAUUGGUCUUCGAUACCAGGUACAAAAAUUCUGACAACACACAUUACGGGACACUGGGUCUGUGCUGUCUUCAGCAGUUUUGUGUGAAAUCGCUCUUUGCUCGAUCGAAACAAAUCUAUGAUAUUUAGGGGCAAUUUUAAGCCAGACAAUGCCAUCUAGACAGUCAAGCCUUAGAUUAUUAAUUAUAAAAAGGUUUCUAGGUCAGCUAAACGGAAAACUUUAACAAAAAUAGUUUGAUAGUCUCUAUAUAUGUUCGGUUUCAAACACAGACACUUCAAACAACUUAGCGCCGUUGUAACGCACCCUAUAUCCCUUUGCAGUAUAAUGAAUUUAGAUGUAUAUCUCAAUAAUGAAAUUAGUCUAUAAAUUUAGCAUGUUCCACCAUGUUCAGAUGUUAUCAGCGUUCUUUACAACAGUGCGAAAAUCCUAUAAAUGAGACGCAACCAAUGAUAAACUUGAACAAUAGUUCUGAAAUCACAGAUCACAGGUGUCCCGCACGUCUUAAUCGCUUAUGUUGCAGAAUGAAGUUCUACGUGGGCAUCCUUAUAACGGUAUUUUGUAUUUGGAAAAAAUUUGCGGAGGCUGAGCAAAGUUACAUGGUGACAAAUGAGUUUUUCGAGCAUUACGAUGGUCAGACGCAGACUUUAUUUUAUGCGGAUAACAUGAAAAUUAUCGGUCGUCAACGUAGCAUAAAUGGCACUAUGAGAUUUUUGGAAGACAUGAGCGACGAACACUUUAUGCUUAGUGUCGAAAUGUUCACCGCUCAACAUGGCGAGAGUCGGUUAAAACCGUUACCCAGUGUGGAGCGUAUACGCAUUUGCGAGGGUCUCAAAACCUAUUUCAGGGAAAAAGUGCAACCGUCUUUAGUAUAUGGUGAGAAUACCGAUUUUCCUUACAUACCUGAAGAGGGUUUGUGUCCCCUGCCGAAAGGUGAAUAUUAUUUUAAAAAUGUAAUACAGAAUAUCAACCCGUGGCCCACUGAGGUACCAAGGGGCAUUUUAAAAACAAAAAUGACUUUUUUCAAAGAUGGAGUUAAUAUUGGAGCAUGGUCACUGCAGAUGAAAUUGGAAGAUCGUGAGUGAAAUUUUUGGUUUUGAAAAGUAAUGCAAAACAAAGAAAAUUUGAUUGAUUUGCAAUUUAUUUUAGAACAAAACGUAAAAUAAAAGAAUACGAGCAUAAACAUA